AUGGCUGGCAGAGGUAUGGCGGUGCCUAUUGCCAGUCGAGGGGAAGGCCUGCACCCUAUCGCCCAGGGCGCGCGCCUCGCGCGCGCCAAAAUCUCGACAAUCAGAUGCUCCAACAUCCGCGCAUCAUCAGACCGCCCUUUGACUUCUGUCGCCCUCGCCUCGCGAACUUGCGAGCCGAACGACUCGAACGCACAAGAAGACUGCAGGCCGGCAAGCAGUUAGAACACAUUGGACGAAUAGCCGGCCCGGCCGCCGCCGUCCCCCGCCAUCUUUGGGACUCUUCGUCCCUUCCAUCCACGCGACUCCUCCUCGGUCGACCGCAUCCCAACGAUACGCA